AUGUCAACGGGCAAACCCGAGAAGACUAAAACUAGACUGUCCGUGCCUUCUACUAGCGCCGCUAGAGUUUCGAAUAACCUCCCUCUUCCUAGCUCCAAGGGAGAACCGGCUCUUCGUGCAUCCAGCACAUCGCCAGUUCACACCAAAAGGGAGGUCCCCGCACGGUCAGCUAGUGUUUCGCCCACUUCCGGUACCAAGCCUCUGAUCCUCGUCACGAAACCUGCGUCUGUUCCUAAGACCAAGGUUGUUUCCGACCCAAUUCCUCGGCCAGCUGUUACUCGUUCACAAAGCAAAAUGGCACAAAAUGUGGUAGAUUCUUCAUUGAAUAAGUUCAUCGCCGCGACUGACCGACUAAGUCACUUUGCGGCGCGGCUUAACAAUGUUUCUACUGACAGCGCGUCCCUGUACACGUGCCAGGUCCGGAGGGACCAGAUGCGUGCCUUGUGGGACAAGGUCGAGAAGGAGUACGAGGCUUGCUCCUGUGUCAUGUCGGAUGAAAUGACGACAGACGAGUUGCCUACCAUUCAGGCAAAAUAUGAUUACUGCUAUAUUCUCUACGAGCAGUGGUCCGCUCAGCUAAGUGAGCAAAUAGCUGAUGCCUCCCAGGCACUCACUCCUCGUACACCCGUACAACCCCAGCCGUGCCGUUCAGUGUCCACAGGACUGUCGGAAGUUGAGAAACUUUUCCAUCUCAACUCCAAGACCAGCGGUGAAGCCCAUGCCAUUGUGUCAAAGUCUCCUUUGACCAAUGAAGGGUUUCAGUCGGCAUGGUCCAGCUUGACUGAGCGUUUUGAGAAUAAACGGUUGCUCGUGAACAGUCAGCUGCGUAUCCUUUUUAAUUUGCCCGCCAUCGGGCAAGAGUCGGGUGCAGCCAUUCAAGAGUUGCAAAGCACUAUCCAAGGGUGCUUGACGGCUUUGGAGCACUCAAAGAUCAAUACGGAGAAUUGGGAUUGCAUCCUGGUUUUCCUGUGUUCUUCGAGGCUCCCCAAAUUGACCCUUUCUCUUUGGGAACAGUCCAUCCAGAAUAAGAGCGACGUUCCAACGUGGGCUGACAUGAACGCUUUCCUUCUAGAGCGGUAUCGCACCCUAGAAGCGAUAGCGGAAGUGUCAGCCAGCACGAGCGCUCCGACGGUUCCGCGUGCCUCACGCAAGGAGGCCCCCGUCGCCAAGCAGGUAAACUCCUUUGAGAGUCGGGUAACUUCAAAAACCCAGUCCUGCAAGUUGUGUUCCCGGGAGAAUCACCCGAUUCGUUUGUGCCCGCGUUUCCUCCAGAUGGGUAUCAACGAUAGGGUCAAUUAUAUAAAGCAACAGAAGCUGUGUCUCAAUUGUUUCGCACGAGGCCAUAUCCUGGCUGAGUGCACAAGUGCGCACAGCUGCUUUACUUGCAAGGGUCGUCAUCAUACACUCUUGCAUCGAUCAGCUAACGUCCAAUCCUUCGUGGCAGUUAACACACAAGGUGUUCUGCUCAGCACAGCUGUCAUUCAUGUAUGCCAUCUCGGCGUCCGCUAUACAGCUCGGGCUCUGAUUGACUCCGGAUCAGAAGCCACCUUCCUCUCAGAGAAGUUGUUCAAGCGCUUGAGGAUGCCGUAUACAUCCGUGCAAGCCCGCGUUUCUGGGCUGACACAAGCUGUGGCAGCCCAGCCCCGAAAGUUUUGCCAAUUCUUAAUUGGCUCCCCGGUCAGACCUGAUUUGCAGAUCGAGGCGUCGGCGUACGUCCUCCCCCAGUUAGCGGGGAAUCUGCCCUCAUGUUCCGUCCCACAAACACUCCUCGAAAAUCUGCCCAGCAUCCAGCUGGCAGACCCCAAAUUCCAUGAGAGUUCGCAGAUUGAUGUGCUACUAGGCGCUGACAUCCUCCCGUCCAUUCUGCUCGGCGGCUCUCACCCUAACAUUUGUGGGACCCUCCUAGGUCAAGAGACCAUUUUCGGUUGGAUCCUGACUGGCCCUGUGUCGGGAUCCAUUUCAAAAUCUAUUUCGUCCUUUUCGGCUCGACUGUCCGUCGAACGAACUCCGCCAUUGGAGGAACUCCUCUCCAAAUUUUGGGAGGUGGAGGACCUGCCGGCUAGCCCAGCAAAAGAAUCUGACCUUUUGUGA